AUGGCCAAUAUCGUCCGUCUCCCUUCUGGAGUCCGAUACCAUCUCGAUGUUGGAUUCGGUGGGGAUGGCCCAACCAGGCCAAUUCCACUUGUUUCUGGGGCAUCAGUCCAAAACCUGGGUACUCAAGAAGCACGCUUGCUGUACGACAACAUCUCCAAAGAAUCCCAGAGAAAGCAGAACCACUGGAUUUACCAGUGCCGCAAUGGUGUGGACAAGGAAUGGAACUCGUUCUACUGUUAUCCCGAUCUUGAGUUUUUCCAGGAGGAUUUUGAGGUGAUCAACCGAUUUGCAGCCUGGGAAUUUCUCAAGAGGGAUUUGAUCGUUACGGUCAAGUUCAUCAGAAACGGUGAAGAAGGAGAGAUUCUGCAGCAUCAAGAGACCCUUGUUCACAUCCCAGACGGACCAGACGAAGUGCAUAUCGCAGGGAAGAUCAUGCUAGUUAACAACGAGGUGAAGCUGAAUAUGGGGAGAAAGACCAAAGUCAUAGAAACACUGGAUACAGAAGCAGCUAGAAUGAAGGCUCUGCGGAAAUGGUUCUCGAUUUGUCUUGAUUGA